UAGAGUUGCACACAGUUGAAAGCGAAAGAAUUGUUUGCACGCGCAAAGUUGGUCAGCUACAGAAAUCACCGAUAGUACGCGAUCUCUGUUUACUGUUUGCUCCGCACAGAUCAAGACUAUAAAUGAAUGGAUGUUUUAAGCCUGUGACCUUAUAAGAGAGGUCAGAAUUGACGGUCAUAAUGGAUGAUGAAGCUGGAAAGCUUCCACUUCGGCGCCUGGAGCCCCCCAUUCAGAAAUUCAUUAAAGUGGCAAUCCCCACUGACCUGGAGAGGCUUCAUCAUCACCAGCACAACAUAGAAAAGUUUCAGGGAAGCAGACAGUGGGACAAACUGCACCAAGAGCACAUUAACUCCAGCCGCACUGUCCAGCAGUUGCGAUCUAACCUGCGGGAGAUGGAGAAGUUAUGUUGGCUCGUACGCAGCACUGAUACUGCAGCUCUGGAGAAACUUGUUCAGCCAAUCAGAGAGCAAGCCUCAUCUGCAAUUCAAGAGUUCCUUAGGAUUCACUCAAAUGCUGUCAAUAGGCCCUGCUUCCAGGAAACUACCAGCACAGACUUACACACAGCCUCAGAUAAAUCACGCAGUGAUAGCGAUACAGGUGUCCCUGGUUCCCCUGUUACUCAAAUACAGCUGCUUCUGCCUGAAAUUCCUCCAGAACAGAAUGCUGCAGAAUCCUGGGAUUCUUUAGCAGAGGACAUGCUGGAGUUGAAUGGUUUAGUGAACGAGUUCUCCACCAUUGUUCAUGCUCAGCAGGAGAAGAUUGACAGCAUUGAGGCGAACGUUAGCAUAGCAGCCACUAAUGUGGAGGAGGGGACCCAGAGCCUGGGGAAGGCGGCCCGUUCGAAGCUGGCAGUUUUGCCGGUAGCAGCUGCUGUGGUAGGGGGAGUGCUUGGAGGGCCGCUGGGACUGUUAGCGGGGUUCAAAGUGGCAGGGGUGGUUGCCGCCGUUGGGGGUGGUAUACUUGGUUUUGCCGGGGGCAACCUGAUCCAGCGGAAAAGGAAAGAAAGAAUUGAGCUUCAGCUACAACAGCUUAACAGCGACAACAACAGUAAGAAUGAUCACAAACAUAUGCAAUAACACACACGCAACAAAGCACAUUUGUUUUUGUAGACUGAAAACCGAGGAGUUGCAGGCUAUGAGACGGCGGAUUCGGCGACCCACACACUCUCUGAAAAAGUUCAACAUACAAACAUAAACCAAAAACAUUACAACCACAGUUGCAGAGUAACUCCUACACGCAAUGCAAACAUGCAAAUUUGUGGCAACAUGCUACACCAAGUGGACUUGUUUGUUGUUCCUUAUAUUAAACUGCCUUAAAUCAUCUACCGUCUCUAUGCCAACUUUAAGAAGGCCUUAUUCCACCAUCUAAUCCAUUGGCAAACAGCUGUAUUUGACUGCUGUAGCUGUAAUGUGAAUGAUUAUAUGUGCUGUUAAUGGGGUGAAUAUUUACUGAAUAGAGGAUUUCCAGAGAUAACUGAUUGUAACUUUUAAAAGGUGAUGCGGCCCUGUUAAGCAAGGUUAUGUACAGCAUGAAUGGUAUUUGGUAACUGUUAUUGUAGCAUUUCAAUCAUAAUCCUUUAAACUACAUCUAUUCUGUAUUGUAACAAUGAUGGAUUUCUGUUUAAUUUUGUUAAUGGGUUAUGAUUGGUUAGAAAUGAAAUGUUGAUGCGAUGUAUAAUGUAGUCACAUUAUGAUGUAUCACAACACAAAUGUAUUAUUGGAGGCAAAGUGCAGCUCGAAAAGCCCAUUCAUUUCUAUACAAAAUGUAAUUCUCGAAUUGUAACAUCUAGUCUCCAUAGUCUUUGGAGCUCAUUGUGCCCAGUCCAUGGUGGUUGAAGAAAAGAAAUAAAAUCAUUUUCCAAUAAUUAUUUUGCCUUAAUCACUGUUUUUAUAUUUUGACAUACUGUAUAACAUAUUUCAGAUAUCUGAUAAUGUCUCAGGCAGCUUGAAAUAUUUUCAUUGUGUCAUAACACUUUAUCACUAUAAGCCACUAUAAUGGAUAAUCAGUAUACAAAUGAACUGAUUUGUUUCAUAAUUAUUUAUAUACCAUUAAAUCUAUAGUAAUGCUUAUAACUUAUGGCCUUCAUACAGGCAUUCAUUAACAUUAGUUAACAACAUUAGUUAACACUAACUAUAAUGAACAAUACUUUUAAAGCACUGAUUAAUCUUGGUUAAUGUUAUAUUAUUUAACAUAUAUUGACACAUUUUUAACAUUUAAAAGUUUAUGCACUAUGAGUAAACAAUAGCAUUUCCAUAAAUUAACAUUAACCAAUAUCAAUAAAUGCUGUAAAAAUAUAUUGUUAGUUCAUGAUACCGAAUGCCUUUACUAAUGUUAACAAAUAUAACCUUAUUGUAAAGUUAAAAUAAAUUAUGAUUGCGCCUUCAAGAAAAGAAUUGGCUUUUUGGGUUUUGUCAGUGCUCGUGGCAGAUAUACAGAUGAAUCCCAUAAAUUAUGUUUCAUAUAUGAUCUCGAAUUAUCUUUUUUUAGAAACUUGUAUAUCGUAAACUAGAUGUACAGUAUGUGUGAUUUAAUGUAUUAAUAAUUGAUACAGCGCAGGUUUAGAUAAAGUAUCCAUGCAAAUUGGGUUUGCUCUUGUCCAGGCUGCUCAUGCAUUUCAUGUCUUUCUCUGUACUGCUACUUGUGGGAUCAGGAAACGGGUGAUAGAUUUUGGUGAGGUUUCCCUGUAAGGCUUUGAAAACAGUGGCAUCUGAGGGGCAAAUCUAAUACUGAAAUCAAUGCACCGUGAGACCUCCUUCAGCACAAACAACAUUUGAAUGUUAUUUGAUUAAAGUCCUGAAGGACUAGCAGGAAAGCUGAACAAUAACCUUUUGUGCUUUAUUGAUCC